AUGAAGGUGCAGAAAAAACAGAAUCUACCCCAGGGGGUACCACACGCGCUCGCGGUGGAGACCCCCCUCUGGGCGUCCACCACCGGGACACUCAGCACCCGGUGGUGGACGCCCAGGCUGCCCUUCGUAUUCUGGGGGGGCAAUUCUGCGCUCUACAAAAAUAGUAAUCGUCCUCGGGGCAAACGGAGCAAUUAUACAAAGGCACCCCCGUCCACACUCGCCGUGGACUUCACAAAUGUUAGGGGGCUUAAUUCUAACAUCAACGCUGUCCACUAUCAUCUAGAGACUGCGAAGCCGGCCUUGCUCUUUCUUACCGAGACUCAGAUAUCCUCCCCGGCUGAUACUUCCCACCUAUCCUACCCGGGGUACAAAUUGGAACAUUCAUUUGUGCCGCGGGCUGGAGUUGGCGUGUACGUCAGAGAGGAUAUCUGUUCUCGUCGCCUCGUGGACGCUUGA